AUCGGACCCACACACCCAUUUGACCCACUAAACUUUGCCGGUUCAAGGUUGGAACGUUGAACUUGGGGAAUUCUUGCGAGACUUCAAAUGUUCAAUUGAAUAAAAGCCGAAACGAUCCCACUAAACACCCUCUCUCCCCUUCCUAUAUUAAUUUCGUUUCAACUCCGUUAUGUUCUCCCGACAGGCAAUCCGCUCUAUUCGAGCUGCCGCUCCUCAGCGGGCCCUUUCCCGGGCUCCCGUACGCUCUUACGCUGCCGCUGCUGCACCUCAAGACGUCAAGCCCCCAGUCGCCGUCUACGGUCUCGAUGGUACCUAUGCCACCGCUUUGUACACGGCAGCCGUGAAGACAUCCUCGCUCGACCCGACCGCAAAGGCUCUCGGCGCCCUCGACGACCUCUGCACAAAGGAUGUCAAGCUCAACUCUAUCCUAAGCACGCCUACGCUCUCCGCCAAAGACAAGAGCGCCAUCGUCGCUGAGCUGCAGAAGAACAUUGGCGCCGCAAACGCCAACGAAACCGUCAAGAACUUCCUCGCCACUCUCGCCGAGAACAACCGCCUGGGAAUACUGCAGGGCAUCUGCGCAAAGUUUGGCGAGAUCAUGAGCGCAUCCCGUGGCGAGGUAGAGAUGGUCGUCACCAGCGCCCAGCAAUUGGAUAACAAGACACUUAACCGCCUCGAAUCCGCCGUCGCCAAGUCUCAGUACGUGGGUCAAGGCAAGAAGCUGAAGGUGACCAACCAAGUCAACCCGGACAUCGUUGGCGGCCUCGUUGUGGAAAUUGGCGACAGGACAAUCGACGUCUCCGUCUCGUCCAAGAUUGCCAAGCUGAACAAGCUCCUUACGGACACCCUGUAAAAAAAAUCAUGUCUUCUUUGUUUCGUGUGAGCAUAGGGGCUGCUAUGGAGAGAGGGGGGAGACGAUUUGCAACUAAAAGGCUGUGGUUCUCUCUCUAAAGGAUGCAUGCAUGCCAUUAUGUGUAUAGGCUCGUAGAAUAGAGGAAGUUUUUCGUCCCGCUACUUUGACUCUCCAUCUAUAGAAUCAAUAAUCGAAGAUUCCUUUUAUUGCUCGUCA